AUGUCCUCGUCCUGCUCUCAUCUGCUAGCUGCACUCAAGGAGUGCGUGUUGUACUCAGACUGUGUCAUGAAGCAAGGCCAUCUCCCCUCCGACUGCCUCCGGAACCACACCGACGAGCUCCCAGACGCAUGCAAGUCUCUGAGGAUGGCAACUUUUGAAUGCAAACGGGGGAUGCUCGACAUGAGGAAGAGAUUCCGGGGGAAUAAUAUCGACAUCCCUGCGUCAUCCCCAAAACCUCGGGAGCAGCCUUCUCCUGAAUCGGGCUAG